UUGGAAAAUUACACCAUUUUCUGCGUGAACCACCCUCCUCGGACUUUUAAAGAAUUGGACCAGACAGUACGGAUCCUCCUCUAUUCGUUGAUUUUUUUGCUCAGCGUCCUGGGGAACACCUUGGUGAUCACGGUGCUGAUCAGAAACAAAAGGAUAAGGACAGUUACCAACUUCUUCCUGCUGUCGCUGGCCAUCAGCGACCUCAUGCUGUGCUUCUUCUGCAUGCCUUUCACCCUGAUCCCCAACCUCUUACAGGAUUUCAUUUUUGGCAGCUCCCUCUGCAAAAUUACCAGCUAUUUCAUGGGUGUCUCAGUGAGCGUAUCAACUUUUAGCCUAGUGGCAAUCUCUCUUGAGAGAUAUAGUGCCAUAUGCAAACCCCUGCAGUCUCGGGUCUGGCAGACCAAAACCCAUGCCUUGAAGGUAAUUGCAGCCACAUGGUGUCUGUCUUUUGUCAUCAUGACGCCAUACCCGAUUUACAGCACCCUGAUGCCUUCAGCGCUUCCUAACAGCACCACGUCCAAGUGUCGUAUUAAUUGGCCAAGCACAAUGAUCGAGCAGUCCUGGUAA